AUGGCUCCCCGCAAGACGAGGACGGCAGCCGCUGCUCAGCAGUCACCCAAGCCCGAGCGGUCAAGCAAGCGCCUCUCAAAGAAGGCGGAACCAGACGUCAUAGAGCUCUCGUCGGGCUCAGAAUCAGAAUACGACAGCUCAGGAGAAGCCGAGCAGGCCCCCGCCGCCGGCACUAAGUUCAGCGCGAAGCGCGGGCUCGCUGCAGAGGAGCAGGGAGCGACGCCCGCCUCCAAGCGGCAAAGGAAGCUGCCUGUAAGGGCGGCGCGGGGAAGAGGCGGCGAUGAGGGUGCAGAGGAAGACGAGGAGUCAUCAGAGGACGGGAGGGAGGAGUUCGUCACCCCUGCUGCGUCCAAGGGCAAGCACAUCGUCUUCGGCGACGACGGGGACGAUGAUGAGGGCCACAAUGAGAAGUUCUACACGCCGCUCGAGGCCCCCGCGUCCAAGAGGAACCCCGCCGGAUCCAGCCACCCGCCUCCCGUGCCGGAGGAAGAAGACGAGGACGAGGACGAGGACGAGGACGAGGACGAGGACAGCGACGAUGAGGCGCCAGAGGCCGUGACCUCGACCAAGGUAGCGGUGACCGACAGCCGGAAGCAGGCAGAGAGGAUGGCCAAGGCAUUAGAGCAGCAAGAAGCAGCCCGCAGGAAGAAGCGCCAGGAGCGCGACGCCCUCUUCCGGCAACAGGCCGAAGCGCGCAAGACCGCUCUCCAGGCGUCCGGUAGUGGCGGCGGUGGCGGCGGCGGCAGGCGGAGGGCCGAUAAGACCGGCAUCCCCGCGCUCUUGCCCGCCGAGUUCCUCGAGUCCGACGAGGAGAGCGAGGACGAGGAAGCGGCGGCGGCGCUGCUGGCCAAGCCGCGCAAGAUUACCUUUGGCGAGGCCGAGCGCAAGCUGUCCAAGGAGGGCAGGCCGGUCCGCGACCAGCAGGUCGGCUCGACUGUGUAUAGGGUCGCCGCGGUCAAGGGCGACCAGAAGCUGGCGCCCAAGAUGCAAAAGUACUCGCGAAGCACCAAGGAGGAGAUGCUGGGGAGGAAACGGGGUGUGCAGAAGAAAGGCGGUUUUCUGGCCAAGAGGAAAUAG